CACUCGUAACUAAAAACCAUAUAUGGGAAUAUUAUAUAAAUCUGACGGAUUUUAAAGCACAGUGCAAGUUUUGUGAAGAUGAAUAUAAUUAUAUAGAACAUAAAAACUUUAAACGUCAUAUAACAAAACUUCAUGAAGAAAUUUGGAAAUACGAAGAAGGGAGAAAACGAAAAAAAUUGCCAUGGAUGUAUUUCAAGUAUUCAAACAAAUUAUUUUCACAAUGUAUUAUCUGUAAUGCCAAUUUGUCUACAUCUAAAUCUAAAAAUUUAGAAGACCACUUGAAUUCGCAUUCUAAAGAACAACGGAAGAAUCAUAUACUUCGACAUUGGACACGGAAAUAUUGGACACAAAGAAAUGAUUUUGUGGUAGAAUGUAAUAUUUGUUACGUCAAGUUAAAACUUUCUAUUGAGAAAAAUCUGAAUUUUCAUACAAGAAACAAACAUUUGGACAAAUUGAAAAAUAUGCAAGAAACACAUGACCCAGUUGAUUCGUCAGAACGUGUUUCAUCAUUAGAAACAAACAUAACGUUUAUGUCACUAAAUAUUGCAACUAAAAAACAUAUAUGGAAAUAUUAUAUAAAUCUGAUGAAUUUUAAAGCACAGUGCAAGUUUUGUGAAGAUGAAUAUAAUUAUAUAGAUCAUAAAAGCUUUAAACGUCAUAUAACAAAACUUCAUGAAGAAAUUUGGAAAUACGAAGAAGGGAGAAAACGAAAAAAAUUGCCAUGGAUGUAUUUCAAGUAUUCAAACGAAUUAUUUUCACAAUGUAUUAUCUGUAAUGCCAAUUUGUCUACAUCUAAAUCUAAAGAUUUAGAAGACCACUUGAAUUCGCAUUCUAAAGAACAACGGAAGAAUCAUAUACUUCGACAUUGGACACGGAAAUAUUGGACACAAAGAAAUGAUUUUGUGGUAGAAUGUAAUAUUUGUUACGUCAAGUUAUCUCUUUUUAUUCAGAAAAGUCUGGAUUAUCAUACAAGAAACAAACAUUCGGACAAAUUGAAAAAUAUGCAAGAAAUACAUGACCCAGUUGAUUCGUCAGAACGUGUUUCAUCACUUGAAACCAACAUAACUUUUAUGUCACUAAAUAUUGCAACUGAAAAAUAUAUAUGGAAAUAUUAUAUAAAUCUGAUGGGUUUUGAAGCACAGUGCAAAUUUUGUGAAAAGAAAUAUAAUUAUACAGAUAAUGAAAACUUUAUACGUCAUAUAGCAAAACUCCAUAAAGAAAUUUGGAAAUACGAAGACGGGGGAAAACUAAGAAAAUGGCCAUGGAUGUAUUUCAAGUAUUCAAACAUAUUUUCUUCACAAUGUAUUAUUUGUGAUGCAAAAGUUCUAUCUACAUCUAAAUUUGUAGAAGAUCACUUGAAUUCGCAUUCUAAAGAUCAACAGAACAAUCAUAUACUUCAAAGUUGGACAGAGAAAUAUUGGUCAAAAAGAAAUGAUUUUGUGGUGGAGUGUAAUAUUUGUCACGACAACUUAACUCUUUCUAUUCUGGAAUGUCUGGAUUCUCAUAUAAAGGAGACACAUUCGGACAAAUUGAAAAAUACGCAAGAAAUACAUGACCCAGUUGAUUCGUCAGAAUGUGUUUCAUCACUUGAAAUGGAUACAAUGUCUAUGACAAGCCAACUAAACUGAAAAAAAUGAUUCAUCCUCCCCCAGAAGGUGACAUGAUAGAAAUGAGUAUGAUGAUAACGGCGUCCAAGUACCAAUCAGCAAUAAUGGCAGUCUUGAUUUUGACGAUUUUAAUUUACUAAAAGAUACACGUAUAUUCAAGAAAAGUAGCGUAA